AUGACGCGACCGCAGUGCCGCGUGCAGCAGCUCAACGAAACGGCGUUCGAAAUGAUGCAGCGCGAGGGACUGGCGGCGAAGUGGGCGGCGGGAGACAUGAGCAACUUCGCGUAUCUGAUGGAGCUGAACGCGAUCGCGGGGCGCAGCAUGCAGGACAUCACGCAGUACCCCGUUUUCCCGUGGGUCUUCAACAACUACGCGACGAUGGACUUCGACGUGGCGUCGGUGAAGCACACGCGCGACCUGAGUCUGCCGAUGGGCGCGCAGAACGCGCAGCGGCUGAACCUGUACAUCGACCGGUUCGAGAGCUGCCUGGAGAGCAACGACCACAGCAAGGAGCUGUACAACGAGCUGAUGGAGGACCCGGAGCAGACGGACAAGGCGAACGAGGUGCUGGAGAGCAUCAUUCCGCCGUACUACUACGGCUCGCACUACAGCACGCCGCUGGGCUGCGUGCUGUACUACCUGCUGCGCGAGGAGCCGUACACGUCGCUGAACGUGCGGCUGCAGGACGGGCACUUCGACGUCCCGGACCGGCUGUUCCACUCGGUGUUCGUCACGGGACGGUCGUGCUACGAGAACCUCCCCGAGGUGAAGGAGCUCACGCCCGAGUGGUUCUUCUCCACCGACUUCCUGGUCAACCACAAUCGCCACCACUUCGGAGCCCUGCAGGGCGGCGCGGAGGUCGACGACGUCGCGCUGCCCACGUCGCUCCUGGGCCCCGUCACGCCGCAGGCGUUUCUCUCGCGGCACAUGCAGGCGUUCGAAGGGCCGGUGGUGUCGACGCUGCUGUCGCAGUGGAUCGAUCUGAUCUUCGGGUUCAAGCAGCAGGGCGAGCAGGCCGUGAACAGCUACAAUCUCUUCUACUAUCUCACCUACCCCGACCAGGUCGAUCUCUCCUCCGCCCCCGACUUGGAGACGCGCAACCGCCUCAUCACGCAGGCCGCGCACUUCGGGCAGUGCCCCGCCCUCGCCUUCACCGCGCCGCACCCGCAGCGGCAGCUUCGUCUGCGCGCGGCGCGCGAUCUCCGCUCGGUCCUGCUGGAGACCAACCGGAUGAGCAUCUAUCUGAAGCACUCCAUGGAGGGAAUGGGCGAUCGCUGCCGAAUCUGCCGCGUCAGCGACGUGGACCCGGGCGCUCUGUCGAUCCUGCCCUCCUCGGUGCAGCGCAUCCUCGGCAAUUCCGAGUGCGUCGACAACGCGGACCGGUUCUUCGACCCGAGCAGUCCGGACUGCGCGCGGUCGGUGGAGGGCGCGGCGUCGCUGCCGCUGAUCCUCUGUCCGGAGCCCUGCCUCACGUGGCCCGCGGACUGCCACUACCCCUGGAUCGUCGAGAUCGACUGCAACGAGUUCUGCGUGGUCACUAGUUUCAAGGUGGUGCUCGCCGACCGCUACGACGGCGCGCCGCCCUCCGCCGCCUGCUACGGCGUGGAGUUUCUCGCCGAGGACGGUCGCUGGACCGCGGUAUCGAAGCGUAGGCGUGGCCUUCGAGCGUCACCGCGUAGCGGAGGAGGUUUCGCAGCGCGCCGAGGGCGGGAUCGUGACGACGGUGGUGUUUCCGCGCACCACGGCGCGGUUCUUCCGCCUGUCCAUCUUCGACAUCCCCUUCUCGCCCUUCCCGCUGCGCGACCGCGUCGUCGUGCAGGCCGACUACACCUGCGGCCGCGAGGAGCUCGACGCUCCCUUCAUCCCGCGCACGCAGCGCAUUCCGCUCCCCGGACCCCACAUCACCCACAUCGACGUCUUCGGCAUGCCGCUCUUCCCCCUCGUACCGCCCUUCCCCGCGGAACUCGCGCGCUCCGAAACUCCCGUACGCGCUCUCAGCGUCUGGUCCGCUUGGCGGGGCGAAGUCACGUGCAGGGACGGGCUGGCCGCGGUUCUCGUCAGCGCUGCCGCGCCGAAUCCUUCCAUGGAACUCCGCAUCUUCAGCAGAACCGCGGAACCGCCGCGCGUCGUCUCGCUCGACGUCCUCGCGCAGAACCACUUCCCCGUUCUCGCCAUGCACCCCGCGGUACGCUCCCCCGCGGUUCUUCUCCCUAG